AUGUGGAAGGCGGCAUGGGUGACACCAACCACGACAGCGCCAGCAAACGAACGAAUGAAUGAAUGGCGGCACUUUUCGCUUGCCGCCGCCAUCGCCCCACUCGUCGCUGUCCCCCCUCCCUCGUUCUCUCAGCCGCCCACCCCAUCCACGCAAGCCCGCCCGUCCAUCCCACUACCCAGCACCUCACGCACCCUCGCACUCUCACCCACCUCACCACACUCCCCAUCCCUCCGCCUCUCGACCAGCACCCCUCCACACCAAUUGGGCUGCGUGUUGUUCAUCCACCCCUGCUCCUGCUUUGCCUCAACUGCUGCCCACUCGCCCUCGCCCCCUCCCUACCCACGGUUUCAUUGCGACGCGACAGAACCACAAAAGUGGCAGCUGGGGCACAAGCACGGCAACGAAGACGAAGAUGGUGCGACGCAUGGCGUGGUGGCGACACGAACGCAGUGGCGAGGAUGGGACCGACACGAGUACAAGGGUGGGCCCAGCGACAUAAGCAAGGCGGGUCGAACAGCAGCAGGAGCAGGUGGGGAACAACGAACACAAGAGGGCGGCACGAAUACGACUGGCGACACGAGCAGGUGGCACAAACAAAAGGACGAGCAGGUUGUGGAGCGUGAACACGAGCACAAGCGAGUCGCCACUGCGGUGUCUGCUCACUCCUCGCCUCGCUAUCCACCUGCCACCCAUGUUGUGCCUCACCCUCUGCCUCAACCAUCACCUCCCGCCUUCCUCUCACUGUUCAGCAACGAGGUCCACGUUCAACUACGGAACGACGAUGAUGCUGACAGGAUGGGAUUGUGGCGACACAAACACAAACACAGCAACCCAGCAAGGACAAGGCCCCAGGGCAACAGCAACAACGGCCAUGAGGGCGAUGACAGCGGUGGCGAUGACUGGCAACAGCAACGGCGACAACGACGAGGGUGA